GUGAUUGAAAUAGACGAUAUCAUGAGAAAAUCGCGUUACAAGUGCUAUUAAUGACAUCAUAUAAGUGAGACACAGUUUGUAGUGAACUCUUAUAAGUGAGAGUGAUUGCGUGAAGUGAAAAUUAGUGGUAAAAUGAUGCCUCUAAGCAAGAUCGCGCAUCGAACAUGCUUUGUAGUAAGCAGAACUGUGUAUAUGACAUGCUGCUGCGGCUGCUGCUCGGCCCUCCGGCCGCGCUACAAGCGGCUGGUGGACAACAUCUUCCCGGCCUCCCCGCAGGAGGGCCUCGUCAAGUCCAACAUGGAGAAACUCACUUUUUACUCGCUUUCGAGCCCUGAGAAGCUGGACAGGAUUGGGGAAUACUUGUUCCAGAAGGCUAGUCGAGAUAUCUACAGGAGAAGGCAUGGAUUCGUCGUAAUAGCAAUGGAAGCGAUGGACCAACUCCUCCUAGCCUGCCACUCGCAGACGCUAAAUCUGUUCGUGGAGAGUUUCCUCAAGAUGGUGCAGAAGCUUCUAGAGUCCACGGAUCCUGAGCUGCAGACCUUGGCUACACAGAGCUUCGUCCGCUUCGCGAACAUCGAAGAGGACACGCCGUCGUACCACCGUCGCUACGACUUCUUCGUGUCCAAGUUCUCGGCCAUGUGCCACAGCAACCACAACGACAAGACCAUGAGGGACAAAAUACGACUCGCCGGCAUACAGGGCUUGCAGGGCGUGAUAAGAAAGACGGUAUCCGACGACCUAGUGGAGAAUAUAUGGGAGGCCCAGCAUAUGGAUAAAAUUGUGCCGUCUCUGCUCUAUAAUAUGCAGAGCGCAGAGAAGUACGAAACUCUCUCCUGCAUGGACACAGACACUCAAGAUGGGGUUGAAGAUACACCUCCUCGUCUCGCAGAAGCGUGCCUCCGGGAGUUGGUCGGUCGCGCCUCCUUCGGGCACAUUCGUAGCGUACUCCGACCAGUGCUCACGCAUUUUGAUCGGCACGAGCUUUGGGUCCCGAACGACUUCGCCGUACACACAUUUAAGAUCAUCAUGUUCUCCAUACAAGCCCAAUACUCGUACAGUGUAGUGGAAGCCUUGAUGCAGCAUUUAGACGCGGCGGGCGGCGCGGGCGCGGACCCGAGAGCGAGGACCAGGGUCCGGGCCGCGCGCGCCGGCGUGCUCAGCAACAUUGUGGCUAUCGCCGCCGGAGACAGUGUCGGUCCAUCUGUUCUGGAAAUUAUCAACAACCUCCUCACGAACCUCAGGGCGUCUGUCGCCAGAGAUUCAGAGAAAGAAACCGACGAGAAACUCUACCAAGAGGCGCUCAUCAACGCCCUAGGAGAGUUUGCUGACCACCUCCCCGACUUCCAGAAGAUCGACAUUAUGAUGUUCAUCGUCAGCAAGAUCCCCAGCUCCCAGCGCCAAGGGAAGAGCAGCAAGGCCGACGCUAUGCUGCAGAGCAUAUUGCUCAAGUCGCUGCUCAAGGUGGGCACAACAUACAAGACGAGCGAGCUGAGCAAAGCGUUCCCCGCCGCGUUCCUAGACGCCCUGCUCCGUCUGUCCGGCGCCGCCGAGCCUGCCACACGAGCGUUGCUGCAGCGGAUAUUACACACAUUACUGGACAGGAGACAGAACGCACACAAUCUACACACACCUACGCUGGCGUACGCGGAACUCGGGCUGACGAUAGAAAAAUGUUCUCGCCCAGACCUCAUCUUCAUCAGCAAACACGGCUACGCCAUAUUCAGCUCUCUGUACGAUGGUCUGCAACUAGAAUCGAACACUGUAGAAAAUAUCGAGGCUAUCUACACGACCCUGGCGCUUUUGAUCAUAGAGCUCGGCUCAGAAGAGACUGUUUGCGACUUCAUGCAGCUUAUACUGGCUAUCCAGCAAUCGGCCCUGACUAACCCAGUGUUGACAGUGGGCCAGCAGUGCCAACUGCACGCCGUCUGCAUCUCUCUAGGAUUACUCCUGCCCAGGACUCGAGCCCACGACUAUCUACUCAAGAUAGUAGAAGCUCGCCGCGAGGACGCCCCGCACCUGCUGCCGCCGCUGCUGGAAGAGUACGACAUCACGCCCGCCAAGAUGCCCAACAAGUUCCCCUACCUCAUGAUCGAUCAGAUGGAGCUGUGCGACUGCCUGAAGGCGUCCGGGCUGGACGCGGGCCGCCUGCAGGCGCCCUCGCCCUACGCGCCCGGCGGCGUCAGCCUCGCGCACCGCCACAGCUGGCUCGAGACCGAUGGUCGCCGGGGCUCCGUGUUCACGUUUCCGCUGCCCGCAGGCGCGGCGGCGGGGCGCGACAGCCUGGCCGACAUCGGCGCCCCCAACGAGAUGGACAGCGCCAACAGCUCGCCGGGGGUGCAGCGGCACCCACAACAACCCGAGAGCGUAAGCCUGGAGGCGUUACGGCGCGCCGCCACCGGCCCCAGCGACGCCGAGCGGCGCGAGGCCGAGCGACGCCGCGCCUCGCUCAACAGCGCCUUCAGGACCGCGCCCUUCGACCAUCUCGUCAACCUGACGCAGCCCAAGUACGAGCUAAAAGACAAGCUAGAAGAGAUCUUCAGCUCCAUACAAUCGGAGCCGCUCCUGCCGCGCUCAGCCUGCUCCCCCACGGCGUCACACCAGAGCAACCUGCACAAACACACCAAGUACCUACCUGAGCUGUUCUUAUACUAGAUAACGCUCCCGUUCAGCAGCUUAGCUUCUAUGAGAGUUAUUGAUUAAAUAAUCUUUGGAUUCCAUAAAUAAUCACGAUAUUAACUUUACCUGUUACUCCGGCUUCGUGACUUGUUUAUAUAAAUGUUAAUGCUCCAAGACAAAUACUAAUAUUAUGACAUUUAUGACUAAUUGCUUCUUGCUCAAAAUCACUUUCACGAUUUAAGCAUUUCGAAUCUUAGCUCGAAUGUAUUGUAUGGGAGCAUUGUAGCCCAAGGGCGCAUGCAUCUGUAGAUGUGUAGGACAUGUAUACGUAAAUAAUGAAAUCAAUUACUCAUUUUCAUUUACGAAAUGCGAAAUUCGACUCGACUUAACAUUCCAUGUAAUUGAAUCUCUUGCUUUUAUUAUAAACUAUGACUUAUAAUAUAUUUUUUGAUAAUAAUAUUGGAAGCGAUUAUUAUUUUUUUAACACCGUGCUAAGGCACGGUUGAUCGAUUAUAUCAUAAUAAAAUUUUUCCUUACUAAUUUUAGAGUAAAAUUGUUAUUACAAUGUAGGUUUUAUUUCGACGACCGGUCUGGCGUAGUCGGUAGUGACCCUGCCUGCUACGCCGUGGUCCCGGGUUCGAAUCCCGGUAAAGGCAUUUAUUUGUGUGAUGAGCACAGGUAUUUGUUCCUGAGUCAUGGAUGU